AUGCCCUGCACUCGAUGUCCUGAUCAGUUCAUCGACUCGAUUCAGGUUUGCCGGUCAUGCAGGCACGACCAGCGAGGAGACAAGUCCAGAGGAAGUCGGCCAUGUACGAACAGGCGGACUGAUCUCGCCUGGACCGGCACGCAUCGUGCAGCUCUUCUGCGCUUCACGAGGUCGACCGGCGGAGGAGGUGAGAUCUGGCCCCAAACCAUCGCCUCGAUUGUCCCAGAUUUGCACCCACGGGGCCAGCCGAAAGGAGGAAUCUGCGAAAGGCUGCAGGGAGACCCCCACCCGAGCAAGGACCGGACCAGACCACAGACCAAAUCAGAAGACCAGCGCAACGCGACGGACACACGCGGCGGGAUUGGAGGGAGCAGAUGCAGAUGGCCAGAUGCAGGAGGAAAGGCCGGAGCACCGAGAAAAGAAAAUUUCAAUACAUGGAAUCGAAAAUGGCAUGGCCCCAUGGACGAGCCACGGGUCUGCGAGGGCCUGGCCGGGGCCACCGACCGGAGGAGCAACAGCACUGGAAGAAAAUCGGGUGGGCCUCCCUCAAAAAGACACCCAAAAAAACAAAGACGAAAAAAAAAAACACGGCCGCUCAUUCAUCCCCUUUGA